AUGAAAAGAAGGAAACGCUCUGCCACAUCCCUUCUCCUGCUGCUGCUGCUGCUUCUGCUAAGGUGUUUGGACCUGGGUGAGUGAACUGAUUUUCGAGAGAAAGAUGCAAAAGUUCCAGGGCCUGGAGAGCUGGGGGUUGGGCUCCCUGGAGAAGGAAUCUCUUGGGACUCAGGCAGGGCCAGUCUUGAGCCAAGGUAUGGAAUAAUAGGAACAAGCCAAAAUGUUUCCACUAAGGACCCAGUGACCAGCCCCGAAAACUCAGAGACAAGAGAAAACUAUCCCACAGAUGAUGUAGAGACUACUGAAGAUCAUAUCAUUGAGGCCCUAGGUACCAAUGAGGACUACACCACUGAACCCCUGGAGACCCUUGAGGACUACACCACUGCAGACCUGGGGCCCACUGAGGACAAUAUCACUGAUGAUCAGGGGACCAUUGAGGAUCACGUCAUUGAGGCGCCAGGCACCACUGAGGACUACACCACUGAACACCUGGAGACCUCUGAGUACUACACCACUACAGACUCAGGGGCCUCUGAUGACUAUACUACUGUAGCCCUGGGGCCUGAGGACUAUACCACAGCAGACCUGGGAACCACCAAAGACUCUUUUGCUGCAGACCUGGGGACCAUUGAGGACUACAUCACUGAUGACCCAAGGACCACUGAGGACUACACCACUGUAGACCUGGGUACCACUGAAGACUCUUUCACUGCAGACCCAGGGACCACCGAGGAUUACACCACUGCAGACCUGGGGCCCACUGAGGACCAUGUCAUUCACGGCCCAGGCACUAUUGAAGACUAUACCACNNNNGACCCAGGGACCACCGAGGACUCUUUCACUGCAGACCUGGGGACCACCAAGGACCACACCACUGCUGACCUGAGGACCACUGUGUACUCUUGCACUGCAGACCUGGGGACCACCAAGGACUACACCACUGCAGACCCAGGAACCACAGAGGAUUAUACCACUAAGCAUCUCAACACUCACUCUGAGGGAACAGAUUCAGUAACUGCAGUGAAGCCCACUGGGCUCCUGACGCCCAUUGGAAUCAUCCUCAUUUCUCUGGCUGCCACCACAGCCAUUGUUGCACUCUUUGUUGGACUUGGCUUGAUUGUGGUGAGUAUUUGGCCCAGGAAUGUGAAAGAGAUUAUGGGAAUGAAGGCCUCUGAGGAGGAAGAGGGCAUGGGGAGUUGA